UCUUUCUAAUAAAUAAAGCACCUGUUGCUGCAGAAAAACAAGGUGCUAAUAAGAGCUGAAGGGGAUUACAUUCUACCAUGACAGCAAAACUACAGGAAGGAAACAGUUCAUCUAUUAUUUCUCACAAAAUGAAAGAGAGCAAAAGGAUAUUGGCGUUGUCUAUGAUUAUACUGAUUCUUACAGCUAUAAUUGUUGUUGGUGCAACCUUAAUUGGAGUUUAUAUGACUCAGAAAUACACAGAAGCGGUUGUACAAAUGGCCCUCAGUGGUCAAAAUGGGGAAAAAGUUCAACAGACUGUGAUGGUCAGUGACAAGGAAAAUAUAGCUUUAUUCUAUGUCAAAACCAAUAAUGAAUCAUCAACUAUUUUGUAUGACUACAAACAAGAACUCAUCACAUUUAGACAAAUGAACAGUGAAAAAUGCUAUAUUAUGAACAUAAACCAGACCAAUGCACCUAAACUGAAGGACAUUCUUAAUGACAUUAAACGGUUUCAGGCUACGAACACCACACGUCUAAAUAAUAUAAACUACAAUUUGUUAGAAGGAGAAGAGGCUGAUAAUAUCAAACUUGGAAUCACAGUGAAUAUCCUCUGCAGUGAUUCUACUAUCUACUGGGCAACAAUGAGCAAGUCAGAACAUCUUCGUUGGAAGAUAAUUAUCCCGUUUAAGAUAUUUGGAUUUCAGGGAUCUAUUACACUUGAAAUACUUUAAAUCACAAAGGGAGAUCUAUUAUACUGGAACUGUUUUAAUGAAUGGACUUCAUUAUGCACUCUUAUACUGAAAAACAGCAACAGUCAGACCAACCUUCAUAUUUGUAAUAUCAACCAUCAAUAUAUGUACUAUUUCCAUUUU